AUGGUGCAGGGAUCAUGGAGGAGCAAAGAAUCUCCUUUUGGGGCUUUCCCGUCUGAAUACGUGCGCCCUUCCAAUCUUGGUUUGCUUGGUUCGUCUGUCCUGAGCUCGGCAUCCACGCCGAGUCUUGGCCUUCGCACAAAGGCGCUUCCCAAGCCGUUGAAGAAGGGCACUGGCACUGGUGGAGCAGUCAGCUCUCUGGCCGUCAGAAAAUGCCCUGCCCCGGCGCCGCCUCCCAAGGCGGGAGCUUGGGUGCCGCGCCCGGCCGCCGUGUCUGAGUUUCGUCGAGCCUACGACCGUGGUGACGUUCCUGUCCAGAUUAGUUACGAGGGCGUGAGCAAGAGCCUGAUGUGGAAAGCGCCCUUGGAGAAGUUGGACUACAUCCACUUUAUGCCCCUCUUCUUUGAUGGUCUGAAGGAGAAGCAGGAUCCGUAUGGCUUCCUCUCCACGCAUGGCAUCCACAGCCUUCUGGAUCACGGUGGCAGCAGGAUCACUUCAACCAUUCCUCAGCUCAUCCUUCCCAUCAAGGCCGCCCUCAACACGAGGGACACGGACAUCGUGGCGCGCACGCUGCAGGUUUUGCAGAAGCUGAUCACAUCGGCCCCGGGUGUGGGUCAGGCCCUGGUUCCCUACUACAGGCAGCUGCUGCCGAUCUUUAACCUGUACAAGGACAGCACCACCGGCACAGAUGCCGCCAUGGACUAUGGACAGCGGCGACGACGAAACCUGGGCGAACUGGUGGAAGAGACUCUGGAGCUCUUGGAAUCUCAUGGCGGCGAGGAUGCCUUCGUCAACAUCAAGUACAUGAUUCCGACGUACCAGAGUUGCUGCGCAAAGUAG